AUGGCGACUCCAGAAGAGGCAGAGAGAAUUGUCAAGGAGGUGACGGAAUAUUAUGGAUAUCUGGACCAUGACAUGAUGAACGAUAUCGGUCGUUUCAACGCCGACUAUCGUCGAAGGAUUGAUGAAAACUGGCUCAAGAUGGAGAACGCCGCAUCGCAUUCCAUCAAAGUUUUAGCAAGAAACAUCUACGGUAGCGGUGCUAGAUUCGUGUUCGAGCUUCUCCAAAAUGCCGAAGACAACAGCUUUAGAAAGGCUGAUAAGAAGAAGGACCCCCCGUUUAUCUCCUUCCAGGUUCACCCGAAACGUAUUGUUGUCGAAUGCAACGAGGACGGGUUCACUAGUUUGGAUCUCAAGGCGAUAUGCUCCGUCGGAGAAAGCACCAAGACUGCGAAACAUGGAUACGUGGGUGCCAAAGGAAUUGGUUUCAAAUCUGUCUUUAUCGCUGCAUCCCGCGUGCAUAUCCAGUCCGGAAACUACUCGUUUGAGUUCCGACAUAACAGGAACGACCCGGGCCUCGGUAUGGUGAGACCCAUCUGGGUGACGCCGACGGAAACAAUUCCUAGUCCCCUCACUCGCACGACACUUUAUUUGCAUGACAAAGGUAAUAAGGAUGAGAUAAAGCAUCUUAAAACGGUUAUUUCCAUGCAGUUUGACGAACUCCAAGAGACUUGUCUCCUUUUCCUACGAAAAAUAGGCAGGAUUAGUGUCGCCUUUUAUGAUGGACAAGGAAAUCUUCGGCGUUCGAAGCAGUUUACGAAGAAGAGGAUCGACGACUAUCGUGUCUCUUUAGAAACAACGGUAUUUUCAGGGGACAAAGCAACUACGACAAGUCAGAUAUAUCACAUUACGAAGCAGUUAGCUACGGGUCUAGCGCAGAGUGAGAGUCGCGAUGCUGCUGCUACUGAAGAGGCACGGAGAAGUCUCACCUCCGCGGAAGUUGUCUUGGCCUUUCCACUGAAAAGUGAUUACCAGCCUUGCAUUUCUACAAGAAGACAAGAACUCUUUGCCUUUCUGCCCCUCAGGACUUCGGACUGCAAGUUUCACAUCCAGUCGGACUUUGAUACGAACGCCAACCGGCAGGAUAUUGUGACUACGACAAGGAGAAACUUGGAUAUUCGUGAUUGUAUUGCCAAGACAUUUCUGAAGGCAGUGUUGGAAUUUAACCAACAUCCUAUUCUUUGCUAUAGAUGGCCACUAUUUCUCCCGGUGCAGGAUAGUGGGCAUGACUCGUUCUGGUCCGGACUAAAUGCCAAGAUUCUAUCUCUGGUUCAGGAUACUCCUAUUCUAAGAUCGAGGAAUAAGAGUGACUUGCGUCUGAUUAGCGAAGUCGUGAUAGCCUCGGAUGGCAUGACCGACGAUGGAGGCAUACUCUUACUCGAUGAUCCCGUCAAGGACCCAUUCGUCUCGGCCAAGUACCCGUCCAAGGUGACUAAGCAUUUGAAACCUUACGGACUAAGGGUAGCAUCAGCGCCUCUAUUUGUCAAUCUACUGAAAAGAGAUCUAAACCAGCAUAAUUCCAAAAUGCGCGCUAAUACAACUGCUGAUGAGUGGCAUUCCUCAGUAGCUCGGAUGUGUUCCAAGAUAUUUGACAACGGCUGGAAUGGAACCGCAUUGCUUGAGUCACUUGAAGUUCUACCGCUGAGGAACGGUCACUGGAAAGCUUCUACGUCAGGCCCGUUCUAUUUUCCAAUGACAGGGGAUACGGAAAUCCCUAACGGCUUAGGCCUCAAAGUGAUCAGUAAAUCUGCCACUAACAACCCAGACCGGAGGGAGCUUUUUCAGCAUCUCGGGGUAACAGAGGCUACACAUGAAAGAGUUCGAUCCACAAUAUUCUCUUCUUUCAUUGAUCGGCCAACCAUGACGUUUCGUUUCACUUUUGACUGUCUCCGCUACUUGUUUCUAACACACUCACGUUCUAAGCACAAACGUGAAAGCUACAAGAGUAUACGGCUUUUCACCGAAGAAUACGAGUUGCAUCCAACUCACAGCCAGAUUAUUUAUCUGCCUGGAGAUGAGUACCCUUUCAGUCCCGCCAGCCUUUUGAGGAAUGCCCCUGUGCCGCCAAACUUUCCUGUCUACUUUCUACGCCUCGGGUAUCUCUCUAUCGAAUCAAAGGAUCAGGAUUUUUCCUUGUGCUCUUACAAACGAUGGCUCUGCGACUUUAUCGGCAUACACGAGAGGCUUAAAAUCUUGUCAACCAACCAAAAUGAGUUAUCACAGCCUUUUCAGUACGUCCUCACGCAUCGCCCAGCCAGGUUCCUCGGUCUUUUCGAACAUCUUUGGCUGCUAGAAGGAAAAGAAGUAUUGAAACACCAAACUGUUGUGUCUCAGAUAAAAAAAGUCCCUGCAAAGGAGCUUUGCAAAGUUACAUUUUCCACGAACCUCGAAAAUACCUGGCUUCCUCUACCGGAGCUUAAGGAUUGUGCUCGCCGGUACAUGGAGCAACCAGAGCAGUUUCUUUUCCUUAGUCUUGAAGAUGAUCGCAAUGAUGAACAAAUUGGCUCAAAGUGGAAUUUCUUGACUAAAUACUUUAGUGUUGGAAAGUCUAACGACUUGGAAUUCCUUCUCGAAAUACUCUACUGCAUCCGGAGGUCUUGCACAAUCCCGUUGUCUACUCUUCAAUCACAAAGGGUUUUGGAGCUAUACAUAGCCAUCUACGCCAAGCUUUGUGUCUCUUUGGUACCGAGUGUAACUCGGACAACAAUUAAAGAGGCCUUUGAAUGCUUUGGUGGCGACUCCAUCCUCGUAUCAUACGAUGAUGAGGACCAGUCAAUGUGGUCAGAGCCUGGAAUUUGUGUCUGGGAUGGGCCAUCUGAUCUGGUCUCUGUCUAUUCCCUAAAGUCGGAAUACAAGAGAAGAGGUUUGAGUAAUGAAGACCUCGGCAACAUUGGAAAGCUAUUUGUUGGUACAUUGGGCGUACGCAACAUAUCGGCUGAGCGUAUUGUGUCGGAACUCAAGUGCCAUUGGAACAGCUGUGCAGAUGAGGAGGACGAGGGCCACAUUUUGAGCCUCUACGAAUAUUUGCAUAAGAGGCUCAAAUCACGCCUAGAAGCUUCAUUUGAAGAAUCUCCACCCAUAUUUUUGAAGCAGCAAGAUGGACCAAAAUGGUACAAGACCUCUGACUGUUUGUGGUCUAGCACAGCGCCAAUCCGCGGUAAAGUCACGCUUGAUGAGACUUACGAGGACCUCAAAGCACUUUUCGUGGGAAAGCUUGGCGUCAAAUCGCUCACAAUGCAGAUGGUCUACGAUGAGCUGCGACAGUCUCCUGAAAGUAGCAUAGAAGACAUCAAGGUUGCUCUAUUCUCUUUCAACGACUUCCUUCAAAGCGAAAUUGGCAAUUGGGAUCCAGAGCCUAUCAAAAUAGCAAAGAUAUUUCCUGUCGUCUAUCCUGAUGGGACUACCUCAUUGCGGUCCAUGGAUGUGGAAUUUGCAAUAGCAGAUCGGGAUAACCUACGUUCUAAGUUCUCUGGCAAGAUUGCUCUUCUGGACUUUGACUUAGAGGAUGUACAUCGACUAAGACCAUUAUUUACCUGGCUGAAGAUUCAACAGCGAUACCCAUCUACGUGUGUCGUUGAAAGAACAGGAAUUUCAGGGGAUUCAAGGCUGCCGAUCUCUUCACCCAAAAGAGACUUGUCUCUCAAAGCCUAUCAAAUAUGCCGAGUCGCGGCCACAUUCAGGAGUCCGCGCUUCCAACAUGGUGAACGGGAUCUUUACAACCAGCUGCGUGCUAUGAAGGUCUUGGAGGUUGAAGGGAUCUUCUCUGUUCUGAGACUGAGUCAGAAUGGCAGAAACUAUGAAGCGACACUCUCGACAGCCAGUGAGCAUAUUGAUGAGCCAGCUGGAAAUCUUACCAUCUACGUCCCACGGGAUCGAAGAGCGCAGGAAAUCUGUUUUGGAUCAGUCCUCCCUAGGAAGUUUGCAGCUUGGCUCAUGCGUAAUCCGCAUACUAAUAUUGAUGGCAAUGUGGAGGUCGAUACCAUCAACGCCCUCACUUCGAUUUUCGCCAGCGACCGUGCCGUUUUGGACGAGAUUCUUCAAGAUCAGGGCAUGAUACAGUUGCAGUUUGAAGAUCCAGACGAACAUUUGAAUCAAGACGAAAUGGGCGAUGAACAGGGCCACGAUAUUCAUGCAUCUGAUUCGACCCCAGAUCCUGGUUAUGAGAUUUCUGACCUGGUUUUCACCCCAACUCAUUCAUCAGUGAACGAUCCGUCAAUUUUACCAUCGGCGGUGCCAGAUUCUGAAAUCGAAGAUGGGUCUUCGGAAACUGAAGAAGAGAUAGUCGAGAUCCAAAGUAGCACAUCCCAUGAAGUUCGUCGAGGCGAUGGAGGUAUUACAAGGCCCCUCCGUCAUCACUCACCUCAUGGCAGACCUUCCAGCCCAGAGCAGUUGAGUAUCCGCCGCCUAAUUCCUUCAUAUCCAGCUUCCCACGCGACCGAGGACCAGCGAUAUCGAACGAUCCUCGAAAGAGUCAUCGCGGCAGCUCGAUCUGCCAACUUUCCAUCGGGUGGAGCAUUUGACCUGAAUGGUCUGCGAGAUGCCUUACCUGACUUUGGGGAACUGAAUUCGUACCUGAGCUAUGAUGGGUUGGAUGUGUUGAGUAGGUUCCGAUCGACAAGCCAACUAGAACGCGAUAAGAAGAUCGGAGCCGCUGGAGAACUCUUCACAGCAGACCUUGUGUACCCGGAUACUCAAGGAGACCUGACACGCAUUUUGGCAGACGCCGAGAUUCUUACAGGCGAUUGGUCUACAAGACGGCCCAGAUACUACAUCGAGGUGAAGACAACGACUGGACCGUGCAGAACACCAUUCUAUAUGAGUGGAAACCAAUACCGACUGAUGGAACGUAUUCACUACAGUUCGGACUUUUCAGAAGUCUACAUCAUAUUCCGUGUUUAUUUCUUGCUUGAUAGGUCACAGAUUAGUUACUGUGUGUACCCUGAUCCAAAGCGACUUCAAGAUGAUGGGCGACUCAUUUUCACGGGAACUACAUGGUCAGUGACUCCUGGGCUACAACCAUAG